AUGGUCGACCUUACGAAGAAAGACGCAGUGAAGUCGGUAGCGAAACGCUGGGGUCCGAAACAUGAUGAAGCAUUUGCCGAAGUGAAACGAUUACUCACCAACGCUCCUGUUUUGCAUUUUCCGGACUUUUCUAAAGAGUUUGUUAUCCACGUAGACGCAUCUGAAGUGGGAGCAGGAGCAUUCCUGGCACAACAGAAUGGCGAUGACGUGAAUAUCGUAGCAUACUUUAGCCAGCGAUUCAACAAAAGCCAACAACACUACUCUGCCACCAUGAAAGAAUGCUAUGCUGUUGUUCUAGCAAUUCAACACUGGCGUCCUUAUUUAUGGGGUAGACAUUUUACGUGCGUAACUGAUCAUGCGGCAUUGCGAUAUCUUUAUACGAUGCAAGACACGUCAAAUAUGCUCACUAGAUGGGCAAUAGCACUGCAAUCCUUCGAUUUCACGACCAUACCAAGUCUCGACUGA